AUGACGGCAGCAAUUAUGUUUAGCUGGCGUAGGCGAAAGGGAAGACCAAAUGACUCAUCAGUGUCAGCCAGCAGCACGUCUCGUUGUUCAAGCUCCACCACGUCCUCAGGAACGCCUUCGUCUGGUGUGCCCAGUGAUGGCUGCUCAUGUGUCAGCCAGACUGACUGCCUGUGCCCUGGUGGUGCUGCCUCACCUGGUGGUUCAGGAAGUCCCUCAGGUAGAACUAUGUGUGCAAGUAGCUCUUCAGAUGUACUCUCUUGUGCCUCCAGCACAGCCAGUCUCCCAGCGUGCUUGACCAGUGCUUUUCGCUGGAGCCUGGACUACGACCUGUGUGUGUGUCACAGUGUGCAGGAUCACAGUGAGGCCUUGCGAAUGGUGACCUACCUGGAGGCUAAGGUCAGGAACCUGCGCUGCUACCUGCUCCCCAGGGACUGUCCCCUGGGCGGUGCUGUGUCCACUGAGCUCUAUUCGGCUGUGCACAGCAGCCACUGCUGGGUGCUGCUCAUCUCCUCUCAUUUCCUUCAGGACGAGUGGUGUUUGUACCAGAUGCAGCAGGCCCUGAUGGAAGGACCCAUGGCAGGCAGGAUUAUACCCACUAAGCUGCACUUGCCUUUCUCUGAGUGCCCCAAAGAACUGUGUUUCUACUUUAUUAUUGACCUCGGCCAGGACACUUGCCAUGGAUACGACAAGGUUUACAAGGCAGUGCUUCAAUAUCUGAAGAGUGGCUUGGAGAAAGAUGAAAGCAAAAGCAUUGUCUCUACGUCUCACCCAAACAAAGGCAAGUUCAGUUCCCUGAAUGGAACUCUGGAUUCGCACCCAAGAUCAACCACAAUGCAGCAGCAGUCAACUGACACAUCCUCUGAGAAGGGUAACAUCAUGAAUUGAUUCAUAACAAGAACACUCCUUUCCCACAAACGAUAGCCUAUUUGAAUAUCAGAUUGCUUGGAAACCCAAAUAGGAAUUAGAAAUCAGAAAUCAGGAGCUCAGAAAAAAAAAAUGUUUCUGAAAAAACUUGUUUGUUUUUCUUUCUUUUUUUCAUUUGGAUACAUUGCCAUUUGUGACUUGGCAAGCAGCUUCACAGAAAAAAAUAGAACGAGCUAUAGCAAUUCAUGAAGGCAUCAGAAAUUAAUUUGAUUAUUAAUGCCCCCCACGGCAAAGCCAGUAGGCCUAUGUCAACGUAGUUGUCUUUUAAAAUGACUGUACAGUACAUGACGUUAUGCGCUGUGCAAAGACAUUGGAAUAGAUGUUAUCUCAUGAUAAUUAAUCAAUAGUGCCAUAUAUGAACCAUUGAUUGUGUAUACGGCUUAUCAUGAACU